CCCACUCCCGUCGGUCUCCCGGCGGCGGCUGCUUUGUCUCCCGGGCAGGGAUCCCUCCCCCCAGCAGCUGCCCAGGGAGGGAGCGCCGGAGCUGUCCAGCAUCCCGGUGCUGAAAGGCGGCGCGGCGGCGGCCUUGCUCCACCAUGUAAGGGUCAUGCCCAGGCUCGCCCUGGCGCAGCGCGGACAUGGAGGAGGACCUGUUCCAGCUCAGGCAGUUGCCGGUGGUGAAAUUCCGCCGCACAGGAGAGAGUGCAAGGUCAGAGGACAACGCGGCUUCUGAGGACCAUGAUGUCCAGAUCGAGGGGGUCAGAGUGGGCCUAGAAGCGGUUGAGCUGGAUGAUGGGGCAGCUGUGCCCAAGGAGUUUGCCAAUCCCACUGAUGACACUUUCAUGGUGGAAGAUGCGGUGGAAGCCAUUGGGUUUGGAAGAUUUCAGUGGAAGCUCUCUGUUCUCACUGGCUUGGCAUGGAUGGCCGACGCCAUGGAGAUGAUGAUCCUGAGCAUCCUGGCACCUCAGCUGCAUUGUGAGUGGCGACUCCCCAGCUGGCAGGUGGCGCUGCUGACUUCGGUGGUCUUCAUCGGCAUGAUGUCCAGUUCCAUGCUCUGGGGAAACAUCUCGGAUCAGUACGGCAGGAAAACAGGGUUGAAGAUCAGUGCGCUCUGGACCCUGUACUACGGCAUCCUCAGUGCUUUCGCGCCUGUGUAUAGCUGGAUCCUGGUACUCCGAGGCCUGGUGGGCUUUGGGAUCGGAGGGGUGCCCCAGUCGGUGACACUGUACGCCGAGUUCCUUCCCAUGAAGUCCAGAGCCAAGUGCAUUUUGCUGAUUGAGGUCUUCUGGGCCCUCGGGACAGGGUUGGAGGUCCUCCUGGCUGUGUUUGUCAUGCCCAGCCUGGGCUGGCGCUGGCUGCUCAUGCUCUCCGCGGCCCCACUGCUCGUCUUCGCCGUCCUGUGCUUCUGGCUGCCAGAGAGUGCUAGGUACGACGUGCUCUCCGGAAACCAGGAGAAGGCAAUUGCUACCUUAAAGCGGAUCGCAACAGAAAAUGGAGCCCCCAUGCCUCUGGGAAAACUCAUCAUCUCCAGACAGGAAGACCGAGGCAAAAUGAGGGACCUGUUCACACCCCACUUUCGCUGGACGACUCUGCUGCUGUGGUUUAUAUGGUUCUCCAAUGCCUUUUCUUAUUACGGCUUGGUUCUGCUCACCACAGAACUCUUCCAGGCUGGAGACGUCUGCAGCAUCUCCAGCCGGAAGAAGACUGUGGAGGCCAAAUGCAGCUUGGCCUGUGAGUACCUGAGCAAGGAGGAUUACAUGGACCUUCUGUGGACCACCCUGUCCGAGUUCCCAGGUGUGCUUGUGACUCUGUGGGUCAUCGACCGCCUGGGCCGCAAGAAGACCAUGGCGCUGUGUUUCAUCACCUUCUCCCUCUGCAGCCUCCUGCUGUUCAUCUGCAUCGGAAGAAAUGUGCUCACCCUCUUACUCUUCAUUGCAAGAGCCUUUAUUUCUGGAGGCUUCCAAGCGGCCUAUGUUUACACGCCAGAGGUGUACCCCACGGCGACAAGGGCACUGGGCCUGGGCACCUGCAGCGGCAUGGCGAGAGUGGGUGCCCUCAUUACUCCGUUCAUUGCUCAGGUGAUGCUGGAAUCGUCUGUGUACCUGACCUUGGCCGUCUACAGUGGCUGCUGCCUCCUGGCUGCCGUGGCCUCCUGCUUUUUGCCCAUCGAGACCAAAGGCAGAGGACUGCAGGAAUCCAGCCAACGGGAGUGGGGCCAGGAGAUGGUUGGCCGAGGGACAAACAGCACAGGUGUCCCCAGGUCGAACUCCGGCUCUCAGGAAUGACCCCUGGGGGUUGAGCUGGUCUUUGAGGCGUAGAGCCCAGGAGCUGGCAGAGCCCAGCGGGGCGACCUGUGGUCACUGCCAACACCAAGAACUUACCCAAGAGGGUGAUGUGGACCAGCAGGGUUUUGUGUCUUCACUGUGUUUGGCCAUGUUCAUCGAGGGUCACCCACCCCAGGAAGGUGGGGCACCAUUCACUCCAGGGGGAAGGUUUGUACGUCACUGUGGAUCUGCAUGGGGAAGCCACUAUGGUGGGAGGGUCCCAGGAUGCUCAGGGCCAGCUGAGCAGAUGUCAUAUAGUUACCCAGUUACACCCUUGGAGAGCCACGGCCCAAAGAUCUCCAUAGAUACAGUCCGGGCCCACACCCCUGUGACACCUGCCAUUUUGUCCAGUAGGUUUCUUCCGUCCCUGAAUUCUUUGGGAUUAAGGUGAGCUAGUGUCUGGCUGGGCCCUCCUGAUGCCUCUCCAGGGCCUGCCGGGUAGAAAGUGGCAGAUGAAUGUGCAUUUGAACUUGAGCCAAGCAGCCCCCCACGGG